AUUGUCGGUAACAUCAUAAUAUAAGUAAACAAAAUGUAUAAAUAUGACUUACAUAUGUGAAAAUACCGUUUGUGUCGUCUUGCGGUCAGUGCUCGUCAGACUUAAUGAAACAUAGUCGUGGAACGUCUGUCUUUGUACAUCUGUGCGUGUUAUUGAUAGUUGAAAAUUAAAAACCAUUAAUUCCAUUCGGCAAACAAUAUCCAUAACGAUGAUAAGCUCUGUACUGCAAGUGCUGUCUUGCCUAUUAUUAAUGGUUAGCAUAUCAUUGUCGAGGUCAAGAUAUCCAGGUCGAGCGGAUAUUGAUUAUUACGUCCCUGCGAGCUACGCUUACAAGUACGGCGUGCACGACCCCGCCACCGGCGACAUCAAACACCAAUCGGAAGAGCGCACUGGCGACGUGGUCCGCGGCCAGUACAGCCUCGUGGAGCCCGACGGUACCGUGCGAACAGUCGACUACACGGCUGACCCGGUCAAUGGUUUCAACGCGGUUGUCAGCAAAUCCGGUAAACCCAAGAAGCCCAGGUAUGUGGUCCGGACCGUGCCCGUCGUCCGGACCGUGCCAGUCGUCCGGACCGUGCCAGUCGUCCGGACCGUGCCCGUCGCCGUCGCAGACAUCGCGGACGACCCGCACUCGGCCAGAGGACCGAUAACUUUUCCAAAGAAUGUGCAAGAAGGCUUUUCAACCACCCCACCAGUAUACCAGGAAUAUUACGAAGCAACAGCUAUACAUCCGUACGAAGUCAACCCGCGCUACGUGCAACACUCGAAUUACUAUAAAGAAUAUUUAAAUUACUGAAUCAUAAACAUUAAACGUGUCAAUGAAAUAUCUGAACAACAAUCAAAAUGUUUUCGACUUGUUGCCAGAACAAUUAUUAUGACACAAUAUUGUACUGUAACACAGGUGUAUAUGUGUGUGUGUGUGUGUGUGUGUGUGUGUGUACACAUCGAUCGUUAAAAUAAAAUCUGUACGGAAUAAAA